AAUUGGCUACGUUCCCAUAAAUAAGUGUUUACAAUAUCAAAUUGGAGCAUUUGAAGUUUUUAAGGAACAAGAAACACUCAGAGAUCUGAUAGCAAGUUUUUCUUCGCGUCGAUGAUAAACCAUGAUGGCGACUAUGAAGCCAGAGAAAAUAUGUCGUCGCUUCGUUGGUUUUGUACUUCUGGUUAUGCUGAGUCCAAAAUUGGGAUGCUACCGAGAUUUUAGCAGAUCUCUACGUUGAGUCAUUUGGAAAUAUACAAGAAGUAAAUAUGGAGUUUAAGGUGUUUGGAUAUUUACGACAACAAUGGAAAGACGAGAGGCUUUCUGGGAAGCUCGACAAGACUCUUACCAUAAAAGGAGAAACCAUCAGUCGAAUGUGGUUACCAGACCCCUUUUGUUACAAUGCACGCGAUUCCAACUUAAUGCAGCCCGAUUCUGAAGUCCACAGCAAAGUUUCAAUAGACGUUCAGGGAAACGUACAUUACACAAAAGGAGUGACUUUCCUUGCAUCUUGUGAGAUGGAUCUUCGUCAUUUCCCAUUCGAUUCUCAAGAGUGUUUUCUAAAACUUGGAAGCUAUGCUUAUUCAACGGAAGACAUCAUUUACAAGUGGAAAUACCAAGAAGUCGAAGUGGAAGCUAAAUCGAUGGCGCAGUUUGAUUACCGCCGGGGUUCUUUAUCAUCAUCUUUCGACAUGUACAAAACAGGAAAUUUCUCCACCGUCACAGUGACAUAUUACUUCAAGCGCCGCAUGGGUUACUAUCUAAUACAAGUCUACUUUCCGGAUAUCUGCGUUGUGGCUCUGAGCUGGAUUGUCUUCUGGAUGGAUAAAAAUGACAUGGGCAACAGAAUGGCUUUGGGAAUUACCACCAUAUUAACCAUAAUGUUCCUCCUUGGUUCUCUUAAUGGUACAAUGCCAAGAGUGAGCUACCCAAAGGCUUUGGACUGGUACCUACUGGUGUCUUUUUCUUUCGCGUUCCUAUCACUGGUUGAGUGCAUGAUCGUGUUCGUCGUUUGGCUAAGCUCUAACAAAAGAAAGGCGAAGAAGGAAAACGAAGGCUCUCCAACCUCAAAAUCACCAUCAACUGUUAAAGUCACAUUUCAUGGUGGAAAACACGACUCUCAAACUGACGACAAGGCUAAUCACGUAAGUCUUUCAAACAUCGAAGGCGUUGUCAAGGAAAACACCUCAUUUUUAGGCCACGAAAAACUUCCCAAGUCGUAUGAUGCCGCUGAUUUAAUUGACAAAAUUUCACGGGCCUUGUUUCCGAUGGUCUUCUUCAUCUUCAACAUUGGAUACUGGUGCUAUUAUUCACUUGAUGAUUAGGAAAUGAUAGUUGAUGAGCCAAUUGAAAGCAAGGAUCUAUAUUACAGGCCACACUGCGACUGUGAAAUACCAACUAAUCAAAGCUGAUCACUUUGAAGCCCGAGAAACGGUUGGACACUGAAACCAGCCUUGUACCUGAGCACGUUGUAAUAUACUUCUAUCCCAAGCAAGGGUAGCAUAACUGAUUGAGAAAAGUAACAUUUCUUUUCCUAUAAGUAAUGUGUUGUAAAUGUUACCCUGAAAAAACGGGGGUAUUGUCAGUUAUGCUCUCUUGCUGAAAGUAGAGUUGCACGUAAUGCCAAGAUAUCGUGGUCAGCAACUUUUCGUGCUGUUAUGUAAUGUUUACAACGAUGUAAAGUUAGUCUUGAGGCAAAGUGGCUAUCAUGUGAAAAGUUUCCAUAGAUCCAUAAAUGAUCCGUAGUAUCUGAAUGAAGAUUAAAACAGAUAAAAGAAAAUCAGAAAAACUGUCCGUAAGAAAACCGUACUGACCUUAAGAAACCUAACAGGCCGGGCUAGCUCAAAGAAACAUUGGAACUAAAGCUAGCUGCCGUUCGACAGAUUAAUGACCGACUUUUCACCAUCAGGGAAGAACAACAUUCAAAGGCGGACUAAACGCGAGCAAAUAGAACCA